UGUUUGAACAACAGAACAACUUAACAUCAUCCACACACAAGAAAUCAUUGUUAAAGUCAUUAUCAUCCGUACAUAUACAAAACCAUUCAGAGUAUAGAAUACGAAAAAACAAAAAAACCAACAAAAUUUAGAUCUACCAAAAACUUCAUUUUAACAUUUACCUGUUCAAAUCAUUUUUAUUUACCCCUCCGAUAAUUGUAUGUGUGAGCAUUUUCAUUCAUGAUAGACGUAUGAUAAAAUAUAAAUAAAAAAAAACCCAUGCGUGUGGUUGUGAACUUUAUUACUUUCUAUAUGACUCGACUCGACACUGAACCAUUGCACAAAUAAAUAUUGUACAAAAAUAAACUAUAAUAACAAAAAGUGUCUAUGUGUGCACGAUAAACCACUCGUACCGACAUUAUAUUCAGUAUGUAUGUAUGUAAAUUUUCCUCUCACCGUCUUUACAACAGCAAUCCCUAGUCAGCUAGUUACAACCUUACCAUACUACAUCAAAAUCAGUGACGCUGUGUUCGUUUGUUAAACAUCAAGGAAAAAGUUGUCCGGAGUGGGUUUUUCAUAUCGGACGCGUUUGAUCACUUUAAAAAUAAUAUUUAAAAAAAAAAGACAAAAAAGUUAUACAUUUUGUUGUACUAUAUACAGCACGGUUGUUCGGUUCAUGAUGCUAUAAUAGAAUUGUAUCAUUACGUCGGUAUUGCUUCGGUCGUUGAGUCAUAUUUAUAUUGUUUUUUGGGAAAGUGUUGUUUGUUAUUAUUUAACACGAAAUAUAAUAUUCACUUUGCUGGAUGUAAACGAAAAUAUUUCUAUAAUUUGUGUGCCAUUUGAUUGCAACCAAAACGCAACAUCGAAAACUUAUGCAAAAAUUAUCGACAUUUUUCGAUUGAUAAAAUAGUUGAACAAACCAAAGUUUGAAUGUAAUAAAACAUCGUCGGGUUAAUUUUUUCAUACGGAUAAUAUUGUGCCUCUUGCCAGUUAAAUUCAGCUGAAUUUGAUAUAUAUAUAUAUAUCCGUGCUGGAUUGUACGUCUGUACGAAUAAUAUAACAAAAGUGGUUUCAAAUUGAAUUAAAACACCUGUGUGAGUCAGUGCUAAGUGAGGAUUUUUUUUUUAUAUUUAUUUCAUUCUCUUAUUGAUUAAAUGAAUAAUAAAAGUGUACAACAGAGUGGAUUGUGAACACAUUCACACAUCUUCUCGUUUAAUUAAUUUACUUAUAAAUGAUCUUGAUUAGCAUUUGAUCAUAUUUUUGGUAUGUGUGUGUUGGUCGAUUGUGUGUAUUGGUGUUGAAAAGAGUGGAAAAGAGACAAGACAAUAAAAAAAAUUGUGCAAGCACGCUGGUGUGCAAUAGAGAUAGGUGGAUUGUGAUUUUAGUGAUCUUGCGGUUAUAAUUAGUUUCUUCGAGCAAUAGCAACAACCGCCGAGCGGAGAGAAUCUUAUCUCCGCUGUGUUGGAUAAAUAAUUUUUUUUUUGAUAGCGUAGUAGGAGCCAGCACCAUAACGUCACCGUGGACACCAGUCAGUGCCGGUCCAGCUGGUCAGUUGGGAUCGGCAGACACAAAUGGAACGGGAGCAGAUAGUAAGCAUUUGGAUGUCGGCGAUAUGAGCGAUGACGAAAAAGAUUUGUCAUCAGCUGAUGCCGAGGGUGUGUGGAGUCCCGAUAUCGAACAAAGCUUUCAGGAAGCUUUAGCCAUAUACCCGCCAUGUGGAAGACGAAAAAUUAUUUUAUCAGACGAAGGGAAAAUGUAUGGGCGAAAUGAACUCAUAGCACGAUAUAUAAAAUUACGAACGGGCAAAACAAGGACUAGAAAACAAGUUAGCUCUCACAUACAAGUACUCGCUAGGAGAAAAUUAAGAGAAAUUCAAGCGAAACUUAAAGUUGAUCAUAAUUACAAAGAUAAAACAUACCAUCCAAUGUCGAGCAUGUCAAAUGCUCAAUUUGUAGUGUCAGCUGUUGCGGCUUCGAAGAAUAUCGUUGCAUUUACUCAUCCACCGCCAACACUACCGUACCCGCCUCAAUUCUGGCAGCCUGGUCUUCAGCCGAGUACCUCACAAGAAUUGUACAGCAUCAAACCAUUCGCUCAACCACCAUAUCCUGCCGGCAAACCAGCUACAGCUGUAUCGGGAGACAUUGAAGCUGGUCAUCCGCCCGCUCAAGCUCCAUGGGAGGGACGAGCAAUAGCCACUCACAAAUUUCGGUUGCUGGAAUUCUCAGCGUACAUGGAUAUUCAAAGAGAUGAAUCGCAGUACCAUCUGUUUGUGCACAUAGGUGGGAAGCCAACGUACUCAGAUCCCCUUCUAGAGUCUGUUAAUAUUAGCCAAAUCAGUGAUAAAUUUCCAGAGAAAUCCGGUGGCUUAAAAGAUAUGUUUGACAGAGGACCACAAAAUGCAUUCUAUUUAGUCAAAUGCUGGGCAGAUCUAAACACAAAUAUACCCGAUGAAUCGGGUGCCUUUUAUGGUGUUACCAGCCAGUAUGAAAGCAAUGACAAUGUAGUUAUAACGUGUUCAACGAAAGUGUGUUCCUUUGGUAAACAAGUGGUGGAAAAGGUUGAAACAGAGUAUUCUAGACUGGAAAACUCACGUUUUGUUUAUCGUAUCAAUCGAUCGCCCAUGUGUGAAUAUAUGAUAAAUUUCAUACAGAAACUAAAACAUUUGCCAGAACGAUACAUGAUGAACAGUGUGUUAGAAAAUUUUACAAUAUUACAGGUUGUAUCCAACAAGGAAACCCAGGAAACUCUAUUAUGCAUAGCAUACGUAUUUGAAGUAGCUGCCUCGAAUUGUGGUGCACAACAUCACAUUUAUCGUUUGAUAAAAGAUUAGCAGUGUACAACUAUCGAACUCUACGACAAACUCACUCCAUCCGGCAGUCAAAAUCCGACCACCAACAAUACCACCGGAAGUAAUUUUCAACACAACGUAAUCAUGCAGCAAUCGAGUGCAACAAGCAGCCUGUGUCUAAGUGAACUAAAAACGAAAAAGAAAGUUUUCGGCGAUCGGUUUGAUGAAAUAAUUGAAGAGAAACAGUUUCCGGCCAAGGAAAUUCGCAAUGAAGUCGACUAAAAAUGGGCAAUACGUUUCACAUCCGAUUUUCAAAAAAACGGAAGUCUAAUCCAUCAGUAUUACCGUUGAAGUCAGACUUGGGGUAUUCAGCAAACGUGUUACCAGAAAUAAUUAUUGGCAGAAAAAAUGGAACAAAAACAUUAUUUACUCCAUUGUUCUUGUCAAUAAUUAAUUCCGAGUAAGCAGGCAAUGAGUUCCAUACUAACUUCGGCGGAUAUAAAUCUUUCAAUACCCAAUGCAAACUAAUUUGAAGCACAAAAUGCAUAACCGCGAGCCGCCGUCUAGAGUAUGUCUGACUUUUUGCAGUAUUUGUAACUAAUCCAGCCGUCGUUCAAGCGGGUAUCAGUCGUUUGGGCUCAAUAUGUGUUGCUACUUCGACCGUCUGAGAAAUCUUUUUUUUUUUGGAAAAUCAGGACUGAACUGGCCACCAGUCUCUGAAAACACCUAUGCUUUAUUUGUACCGAACUGAGGUCCAAACAUUUAUGUUAUUCAGUAUGCAUUUUACCUUCAAUAAAAGUGUUGUUUAUACACUACAAGUUCAACGGAAUCGAGCAUAGUCUGGAUAGACGAGACAUUUUUUUCAAAACUUGUGAGAAAAUGAACCUCUCGACCGACAUCGACUAAUUUUUUCGGCUUAAAGUCUCAGUCUUUAAAAGGUCCAACAAUGUACUGGUAAAAAUGGUCAUUCUUCACCGUAACAAGUGAUAUUCUCAGCGUCUAAAUAGCAAAGCAAUAGCUCGUUUCCCAUCAGUAUUUAUCGGCGCUGAUAAAUCUAAUUUUGAGAGCCACGAUCUUUGGCAGUUCAGCGACGAGUUAGAUUUAUCAGCCUCCAUAAAUUUUUGAUAACAAAAUAUUGUCUGCGUUGGUAGAGGACUGACAUACUCACAGAUAAAAAAAUUACCAAUUUUGACCUCCAACUUCUUCGUUGAUCGAUAUUUAAGUUGUGAAAAUUGGAAGCGGCAACGUGAGUGGAAUAUUUGUCGGAACGAUUGAAAUGUGCUCAUUUUUAGUCGAAAUAAAUCAAGAGAAGAAAAUCUAUUUUUACUUAAAACAAAACAAACCCAAACAAAUAUCAGACUUGCGUACAUUUCCUUUCAUUAAAUAGUUUCGAUAUAAUGUUGUUUUACACACUAAAUGUAAGAUUGCCGAUAAACGCCACAGGUUAGUUUGACAUCAAAUCGUCUGCGUAAAAUACCAUUUCGAUGCAACUAUCGAACAAGAUUUUUUUUUUGUACUUUGAUACUUUGUACUUUUUGUCGAACCAAUGAAUUUUGUGUACUAAAAAAUGUUUUUGUCUUUGAAAUUGUACAGUCUGAAGUUUGACUAGAUGCAAAAAAAAUCAGUCAGACAGUACAGUUUGGAAGGUUGACAUAUUUUACUUUAAAGCACUAGUGCCUUAAAAAAUGUGGAAAUUAUUGAUCGCACUAGUGCCAAAAAGACAUUCAUUUCGAUAUCAAGAUAUUGACAUUCUGAAAUCAAAGUACAAAAAAAAUAAAUCUUAAUGUACCGCAGUGUGAACAAAGUUCACGCACUGCAAACAGAUUUUGACUAGUGCGUAAAAGUGACGUUUUGCGAAAAAUGACGAUCCCACUGCCCUAUACAUAAAGUCUUGUUCCCAACUUGUGCCCGAACUGAAAUUUUACGCAUGCGAUGUGUUGACUAGGGGGGUCCAAAAAAUUAAAGUGUCGAGGAAGUUGGCGGACCCCGAGGAAAACAAACCUUUAUGGCCUCCUGAUAAAAACUGUAUAAGGGGCCGAUGCCGAUGGUUGGUUUAUGGGUAGCUCAAGGACGAAAUAUGUGAAAAAACGCUGUGAUUUUCCAUACAUUUUUUCCAUUACUUUCUAUGGAAAAUUUUUUUUAGCGACAAUAUUAAACUUUCUUGGUCCAGACAACUUAGAUUAUAUGCAAGAGCAACAAAAAUGCGUUGGUUUUUUGGAAUUUUUAUAUCGUCUGGGCACACCUUACAAUAUUGAUAUAUACAAAAAUCGACAGAUAAUUUCCAAGUAAUAAAAAGUCAGGCGAAGUCACUCUUUAAAUUAAGUGUUAGGUGUCGUUGCAAAGGUAAUGACAGUGGCUUUCUAACGAGCCCACACACAAUAAGUUUCAAGUUGGUGUCUUGACGUAACAGUCAUUUGAAAAUCGUCUGAGUUCACGACCGUGACAUUUUUGCACCAAAAUCGAUUUCUAUAUAGUUUCAAAAAAUUGUUUUCGAAAAAAUUUCUUUUUGCGAUGAAAGCUUAUGCCAUAAGCUCUCGUUAGACAUGAAUAUAUCCGAUGCACAUCCCAUAAAUGUUUUGGAAGAACCCAAAGACUGAGUGAACAGAUUACGAAUCUAUGACUGACUUGGGAGCUGCGAAUGCACUUACAAAUCAUUAAAUCGGUCUCUUUGGAUUAUUCUGAAGUGAAAUAAUCCAACUCACCUUAAGAAGUGACCUCAGCAUCUGUUAGUUACGUUCAAUUUUUCUUUAACCCUCAUUUUCGUGGUUUUUCACAUAUUUCGUCCUUGACCCAUAAAUCAACUCGGAUCACAUCGGCCCCAUAUAUAUUUUUUAUCAGUGGGUCAUAUAGGUUCGUUUUCCCCGGGGUCCGCCGACUUUCUCGAAACUUUUAUUUUCCCAUACGAUUCUGGACCCCCCUAGUUGACAGACUCCGAUUGACAAUUUUCACGACUUUUGGGCGAAAUUUCUGUUCAGGCACAUGUUCGGAAAAAAACGAAUUCCUUUUUUUUCAUCCGAAACCGAUCGAAUUUAAUUGACCACAAACAAUAUAUCUCCAUGAAAAAAGAAAAAAAAAGCAAAUGAUAAGAAGAAGAAACAGAAUUGUUCGUACUAGAGUCCAACUAAUUUUUAAAAUGAGUAAGUUUUCCCAUUUGAAAUUAAUUUCUAUUCGUAUUAUUAUACUCUGUGUUGAAUAGCAAUUGUAAUGAAUGAAAAAAUAUUUUUAUUGUCGGAGGUUAAUUAAAUCGAUCCAAUAAAAAGCAAAAUUAAGAAGAAGAAAAAAAAAACAAAAAAAAAACUAAAUUUACUGAAGUGUAAAAUAAUAAAAGUGAAGUUAAAAAAAAUCAUUUUGUGGUGAUAAAAUUCGAUUGAAAUAAAAUGUAAAUCUUGAAUAAUAAAAUAGAAGAAAAAAAGAAAAGAAAAAAAAAUCGAUCAUCUCUUAAAGAAAGAAAAAAACAAUACUAAAACUACCUACUAAAAGAAAACCAUGAGUAAAGAAAAAUCUUUUUUAAAAAAUUGAAUAGUGCCUAAAAAUCACAAUACUAGCGUUUAGUAUUAUUAGUUUUUAAUAAUUACUAAAAGAAGAAUAUGGAAAGAUAAAAAAAAAACAAACAAAAAUCAAAUCAGAAUCAGACAAACACUUUUUUAGGGUAUUCAUUUUCGCGAUCAUUUCAGCAGAAACAGUUUUUUUUUUCAUACGACCAAUUGCUACAAUCCGGCUAAUUCAUGCUUUCUGAUCAAAAAUCAAUAGAAUUCUUAUAUUAAUUACGACGACAAAAAUUGCUACACGUCUUUACAUAAAAAAUUAUUAUCCGAAGGCAACGCGCUACUAGCAAUAAACUAGACUUGACAACUGUCAUAACAAGCAAUUUAAACGCGACAUGGAGAAAGACAAGCAGGGCUUAUGAUUGAUAAAUUCAUUUACCGAAAUUUACCAAAAUUAAUCGAAAUUUACUGAAAUUGACCGAAAAUUGCUGAAAUUCGUAAAUCCGUAAAUUUUCAGUAAUUCUCGGUAAAUUUUGGUAAAUUUCACUGAAUUCAGUAAAUCAAUGUAUCAGAAAUCAUGGCCUGCAUGCAAGAGUGUUUCAUUUUCCGAAAGUCAAACUACAUACCUAAGUGUUUCAGAGCAAGAUUUUGGCAGUUUUUUGAAUUUCAUAGCCAACGGUUAGGCCAACGAAUUACUGGUCAAAUCAGUCACUCCUGCUUGUGCUUCAUUUUGACUCAUCGGUUCGGAAUCAGUUAAUUGCUAGUUAACCAGUUGAUCACUGUGUCCCUAUUCUCACAAUCACUUCCAAUAUUAUCAAAGUCCGAUUCGGAACUUUGAGCCGGGUCUACGAAAUCGAAAAUAAAAAUCAUAGAAAUUACAAUCCCCGAAAAUUUUUAACAAUUUCAAGGAUAUUUUUGGAACGAUUCUCAUUCCGACGAAUAGACUCUGUCUUACAUGUGUAUAGCAAAAAUGUAUUCCACUUCGACCAUUCUAUGUUGUAUGUAAAUCAACGUUGUACUGUAGCAAUUAAAUCGAAAUUAGUGCAGCAACGUCCACAUCAUUUGAAUAUAAAGUAUCAAUGGAAUUUUUUCUCAUCGUAGAUCCGCCGUUAGAGUUAAAAUUAUAAUUGAGAAUGAGAUCCCAUUUGAUUCGACGAUAUCUAAAUGUGUUUCUUCAGAAUAAUUCUGGGCCAUCCAUCAGAGUAACGUCCAUUAGAUUCCAUUUUUUCUGUAAUUUUUAACUUAACAUUUUAUUACCAUUUUGUUCCAUGUACUUAACAUUUGGUUAGUUUACGAUUUUUCCGUAACAAACGCUAUAAUAUGAUUGGGAUUUCGUUUCGGGUGCCUUGGCUUCAUGUUGUCUACGCAAAAUGCCCGAUGCAAUGAAUUGGAUGCUUCAUUAUUUAUGGAAACUGAGACACUUGUGUCAUAUUUAUGCCUCACCGAAUUUAACGUCCACAUAACGUCUGCCUAAAAGAUAAUAGGACGUACUCAAUUAAGAGCAUUGAGUUCAUUGGCUUGUCGAUAUAUUGUUCUAAACAUGGAGUCAAAUCUCACUAAAAAAAAACCCCAGCCCAGUAAUCACUAAUUUUUUGUCGAUCGAUCGAUUCAAUCAAUCAAAUACAAUUGAUUCACGAAUUUAAUUGUUUUAACAGAAAAUUGCAAUGUCGACCGCAACAGUUACGAGCCGUUUUUAAUGGUUUUUCUCACUGUAUCAAACACCUCUGCACGGCGUGGAAGGUCUAGGCGAUAUUUUGAUUACGUAAAACAAUUAAACUGGUCAAUCAAAGGCGAAAUUGUGCGAUUAAAAUCGAAUCGAUAGAAAAACAAAUCUCAUUGUUCAUGGAGAUGAGAGAUGGGCUGUUAUGCAUUCAGUUAUCGGUUCAUCAUGCGUAAUUAUUAAUAUUAUUUAUGAGUCCUACGCGAUCUAUUGAAUAGAAAGUGUUUGAUUUUCAAGUACCUUGAACUUGAUUUAAAAAAAACGAAAAAUGUUCACAAAGCAUAAAUUAGAUAAAUUUGAUGGCCAACAAAAAAUAAAAAAUGAUUUCCGAUAAAAUAUGAAAAAUAUUUGAUUUCAGCACCAAAAUCUUUGGAAAGGAACGGCGAGUAGUGGAAUUUAUUUGGUAUGGUCACGAUGAUUUUUGUUACAUUUAUCCACAUUUCUUUGGCAACAGUUUGUCGUCUGACGCAGAAAUAGAAACAUCUUACAGUACCUACCUUUUACAAGAUCGUAAAGCAUUCAAAUGUUUUGUAGAAAUUGACCCAUUCGCCUGUGUUCACAACUUUUUUUCUUCUGCCAAUUAUAACAAUGCUUUUGUAUCUUUUAGGCACCAGUGUGUGAAAGUAAUUUUCGAGCACUAGUGUGUUUAACGAAUGAACAUUUGAAUGUCCUCAGUGGACAUAAUUAUUGUGUGCGUCAAAAGUUACUCAAGCCAAGUGUUUGCAUUAUAGUACCUGCGCUAAAUAAAUUGAAAUGAACUACGUUUCGGGGCGAAAUUACGGGAAGACCUUCCCUUAAAAACUUACUCAGACAUUAUUAUGGCAGAAGGCAGAUGAUUUUCUCUACUCAGGAGACAAUAACCCACCAAAUAAUUAUUAAUGAGCAUCGCUUCCAAAUGAGAAGGAUGUACAUUGUACAUUGUACAUUGUACAAUUGAUUAACAAAUGAAUGCAAUAGAAUCCAAUGUAUGCUCAUCAUUGUGUACCUCUAAUCGCUUUCACUAAAUUUGUCUUUCCAGAAAAGUCAUAAUUCAAGAAGUAAAUCCUAGACCCGUCUUUCAAGAGACUAUUCUGUCGAAAUAUUGUUGAUUUUUCCCAACGAUUUUCUUUUAAUUUUUCACUUACAAUAUCCAUGUAUCUGAUUAAAUUUUGAAACGAUCAUAGAACUGCGUAUUCGACAAAUCUUCGGAAUUCCUUUCAAACUGCACUCUGCAAUAGCAUAUAAUUGUAUAAGCUCCGUGUAUUUGUUGUGAACAAA